UGAACAUAAUGUUUUGAUUCUAUGUAAUUGUUUUAACAUAAAAUUUCUUUAGUUGUUUGUAAAUUUAUUAUUUAAAUUAUUAUAUAUUUAAUCACAGAUCAUGUUCCUUGCAAGAAUACCUUCUGUUAGAGCCUUAUUAUAUCGGGAUACUCUUCCUAUAAUAUGUAAAUAUUCUUCACAAAAGAGCCUAAAUCUAUCCGAACCAGCAAUACAAACUUAUCUUAAGCAUUUGAUGAUAGAAUAUGAUGUACUUCUCACGAGGGCAAGAAGAACUGUAGAAGAAUCAAGGCGGCUUUAUGAAAUCAAGCCUAUAGUGUCAGUUCUUGAACAGCGUAUCACUCUUUAUGAUAGUAUAGAAUCUCUCAAAGACCUCAAUAAAAAAGAAGAGAAAGAUGAAGAAAUUAAGGAUAUGAUAAAGGAGGAGGCUGAGAUAUACCUUGCAAGACUGAAAGAAAUAGAUGGAGACUUGCAAACUAUACUUCUUGAGCCUUGCCUAACCAAUGGUGGAGUUAUGUUGGAAGUCACUGCAGGUGCUGGCGGUCAAGAGGCCAUGUUAUUUGCUCGAGAACUUUUUGAUAUGUAUGAAGCAUUUGCACAGUAUAAAGAAUGGGAAACUGAUCUUGCAUCUCUAGAAGUGUCUGAUAUUGGUGGUGUAAGAAAAGUAUCCAUGAUUAUUAAGGGUUUUGGUGUGCCAGAACUAAUGAUAAUGGAAGCGGGAGUCCAUAGGGUUCAGCGGAUUCCUGUUACAGAAAAAGGAGGUAGAAUACACACUAGUACAGUGUCUGUUGCUGUAUUACAGCUUCCCACUGAAAUAGAAUUGGCGAUUCCUGAUAAAGAUAUAGCAAUUGAGACAAAGAGAGCAAGCGGAGCUGGUGGACAGCAUGUUAACACAACAGACAGUGCAGUGAGAAUCACUCAUAUACCAAGUGGACUGGUGGUUGAAUGUCAAGAAGGAAGGUCUCAGAUUAAAAACAGACAGAUUGCAAUGGAAAAACUAAGAACAUUAUUGUUACAAAAGCAAGUUGAGGAGCAGUCUUCAAAAAUUAACAGUGAGAGAAAAUCACAGAUUGGUUCCAGUAAUCGCAAUGAGAAAAUCAGAACUUACAACUACCCUCAGGAUCGAGUGACAGAGCACAGAGAGGGUGCAAUCAACAUCCCAAGUCUGAAGGUAUUCAUGGAAGGUGGUGAGCAACUUGAGAAGCUUCAAGAUUCCUUAUUACGUCACCAGAGGUAUGAGGUUCUUAUGGCUGAGAUCAAUGAGCUUAUUAAGAAAAAUACAGUUCAGAACUAAAGAAUAAAUCUUAGGAUUCCAUUGUUUUGUCCAUGUAUAAUAUAUGAAAUACAAGGUGAUGUUAAAUAAAGUGCUUAAUGUUUAAAAUUUUUAAGUAUAUACCGCUACAUAUAAGUUCAAUGCUGAGAAAAAAAUUGAAGUUAUAACCUUGUUGUGAUAAGUUUAUACUUAAUUUUAUGCAAUAUCAGUUUUCUUGUUAAUAGAACAGGUAACUUAUAUUUUGUUGUUAAAAGAAAAUUAAUUUCAAUAUGUAAGAUAAUAGAAAAUAAUGUAAAUCUUGGUUUUUUUAUUAUUCUCUUUGCAUUUCCAAUCUCACCUAAGCCUUUGAAAAGAGAUAUUAUAAUUAAUAGUCAAACUUCUCUAGAAAAUCUGGUGUAUUUUUAAUAUAUUGAAUUUGUUAAAGUUUGAUGCUUUACUGAAUAUUUGCGGCAUCCUAGUAAUGCUUCACUGUGGUUUAUGCUUUCGUAUAAAUUAUAAACUUAAAACACAUACUUCAUCAUAUAAGAUAGAUUAUUGUGAACAGCAGACUCCAAUAUAUCUUAUUUUAUCUCCAUUUGGAUAAAAUUUCCGAAGACUCCCUUCUCAGUGCUCACUUCAUUACUCACCUUUAAUGUUCCAAUCACCUUUGUGCAAAAUUUCCUGACCAGGCAAUGAGUCUGUAACUAUUACAGAUAUCAAAAAACUUUAAACUGAUAUUGAAAGUACGUAACUGAAACAGUAAAAUGACAUCAAUAACUUUUUAAAAAUCAGAUCAAUCAAUCAAUCAAAAUUUUGUUUUACUGAUGAGGUAAUGUACUUUCAAUAUCAUUUUAAUGAUUUUUGAUACCUUUUUUUUGUAUAUGAAACUACAGGACGUUCAGCUGAUGGUAAUAUAUACGCCCGCCAUUAGCAGUGCCGCUCAGGAUUCUUGGAAAUCCCAAAAAUCCUGAGCGGCACUACAAUUGCGCUCGUCACCUUGAGAUAUAUAGUCACCUAUCUGUAAUAGUUAUUGAAUAAUUGCCAUCUAUAAAGAAAUACUUUAAAUGCCAAUGAUUGUUUUAGUUUUUGAAGUAUUUAUGUAGUGGCUAAUUAGGUUAGUGCUGUUCUAAAAUAAAAGUGCAUUUUUUACAAUAAAUAUUUAUUAAAUACAGAACAUCU